GAACCACAGUGGGCGUUCGGGAAAAAUGACUGUGGUCUAUAAAUUGAACGUGUUUAAAGAUCCAGAGCAGUUGAAUCAGAAUGUAUUUGCUGCUCAAUACGCUGUACGCGGACCUUUAGCUGUAAGAGCUGAAGAGUUAAGGGCGCAAUUAAAGGAGAAGCCAGACUCCCUCCCAUUUACAGAAAUUAUAAAUGCCAACAUUGGAAACCCUCAUCAAAUGGGACAGAUACCUCUGACUUUUAUUCGUCAAGUACUCGCCUUGUGCCAGUACCCUGCUCUGAUCGAAAACGCCGAAAUUACACAGAAAUUGUUCCCGUCGGAUGCGAUUGCUAGAGCCAAAGAGUUGCUUGAAGAAACUGGCGGUAUUGGCGCUUACAGUUCUUCCCAGGGUGUACCUCUUGUCAGAAGAGAUGUCGCGAGAUUUAUUGAAGAACGUGAUGGUUUUCCUUCUGACCCGAACCAUAUCUUUUUGACGACAGGUGCAACUCAGGCAGUUCGCAUGAUGAUUAAUCUGCUAAUUGCUCGACCAUAUCAUGGUAUCCUUCUGCCAAUUCCGCAAUAUCCGUUGUAUACUGCGUCCAUGGCACUGUAUGGUGGACGUACAGUUCCUUAUUACUUGAACGAGGAAACGAAUUGGAGCGUGUCUGUUGAAGAACUGCAACGCGCUUACGAUGCGGGUACUGCCGAAGGCACUGAGAUUCGCGCUGUGGUUUUCAUCAAUCCUGGUAAUCCCACAGGAUCUUGUCUGAACGAAAAGGCCAUUGAAGAUAUUCUCGGUUUCGCAAAAAGAAACGGUGUAAUUGUCAUUGCCGACGAGGUGUAUCAGGCAAACGUGUACGAUUUACCAUUUGUAUCGUUCAAAAAGGUGCUUUCGCGUUUACAAACGGAGAACCCGAACGAUGCUUGGGAUAAGGUAUCUCUCAUCAGCAUUCACUCUGUAAGUAAAGGUCAGCUGGGAGAAUGCGGUCAGCGCGGCGGCUACAUGGAAGUCACAAAUAUUCCAGAGGCAGCUUUCAAACAAAUUUACAAGCUCGCUUCAAUUGACGUCUGUCCUCCCGUGGCCGGUCAGUUUAUCGUCGAUAUACUCGUUCGCCCACCUAAGCUUGGUGACCCUAGCCAUGAUCUCUAUCAUAAACAGAUAAAAGAUGUUCAUGAGCAGCUAUUCAAGCAAUGCCGCCAACUCCACAGUGCUCUUUCCAGCAUGAAGUAUGUCAAGUGCCAAGAACCUAGAGGUGCCAUGUAUUUGCAUCCUCGUAUAUUUUUCCCGAAAAAGCUGAUCGAAACUGCAAAAGCUCAAGGCGCUGAGCCUGAUGAACUUUAUUGUAUGGAAUUAUUAGAAUCUACAGGCAUCUGUAUUCUUCCUGGAAGUGGGUUUGGACAAAAGGAGAAUGAGUUCCAUAUCCGUACUACCUUCCUCGCCCAAGGUGAAGAAUACCUUAAGCAUUAUGUUGCAGGCCACAACAAGAUUAUGGAAAAGUAUGAGUAAACACAUACUGAGUUUCCUAUUAACGCUCUUUUGUUGUUCUCGUCCUCUUUUUACAAAAUCCGAACAAAAAUUGGGAUGGCUUUCCGCAAUCCUUUGGCACACUCUUUUAAAUACACGUAUGGACAUGGUUGCUGCGUUAUUUAUCAGACACUCGUCUAUUUUGAAGUUUUGUUUUUCCCAAAGUUUCCCGUGUGCUAUGACAUUUACCUAUCUCUAUAACAAAAGGUGCUGCUUGCCCUCCUUUUUUUUAAGCUUAGCUGGUGGUUUUCAUUCAGCUUCCCGUUGUCAUUUCCUUUUACUACAAUUACGAGCACUUCUUUUUUUCGCCUUUUGUUUCUUUUUUGAUAUUUUUUUUCCAAAUAGAAGCAUUAUAUAUAUACUAGUUUAUAUAUAUACCCUUUUUUCUUUUUGUUGAAUGAACAAGCAUUUAUUUAAGAGACGUGUUUAAUAA